AGCGGAUGACCGGCGUGGUUAGCACGAACCAGCACGUCCAGACAUCAGAACUAGUGAUCAAACUCAUGACUGAACUGAGAGUUGACUGAACAGUGUUCAGUGAGCACUUCCAAACGUUGAGAAUUGCGAGAUGACUCACCGGUUAGCUUGAGAAGUCUUCGUAAUCAACUGACGGUUUAAAUACAGGUGGUUCUUUGAAGAAUGCCAUCAAGGAUAAGCGUAUGUGCAACUGGCACUUUUGUCCUUGUCACUGGAUGCAUAAUAUACCAUUGCUGGAGAUCUCAUUUCGAUGAAAAAGUUUGUCUGCGUCAACUGAACCGUACUUACGAUUGUCUGAAAUGUCUCGGGAUAUCUGUGCCACUUUAUGAAUACACCAUUACUUCGGUUGAGCGAGACUUCCCCUUGGCAUACAGCAUCUUGGUCUACACUGAUCCAGAGCGAGCGGUGCGUCUGCUGGCAGCAAUCUACCGUCCACAUAAUUUCUAUUGUAUUCACGUGGAUCGAAAAUCGCCCAAUGGACUCGUCAGAUGGCUGAUGUUGUGUGGACAAUGCUUCAAUUCCAAUGUCUUUUUCGUCCCGGAUGAACAAAGAACCGCCGUGCGAUGGGGAUAUUUCAGCGUAUUGGAACCCGAACUCACGUGCACACGCCUUCUACUCCGGCGGAGUGGAAAAUGGAAGUAUUGGAUAAACCUGACGGGACAGGAAUUUCCGCUGCGCACCAAUCGGGAACUGGUUCUUGCUCUGAAGGCUUUGAAUGGCACCAAUGUAGUACUGGCCACAUACAGACGUCGAAGUAUCCAGAGAAUUCCACCACGUUCGGUGAAAAGUCAGAACAUUAUCUGGUACAAAGGGGCAGUUCAUGUGGCUGUCAGGCGAGAGUUUGUAAACUUUAUGCUGAAAGAUAAGAAGGCGAUUUGGCUACUGGAAGAACUGAAAGAAUACGAGACCAGCGUUGGCAAAGAAAUUAUCAUCGACGAAACGUUUUUCGCCACACUGAAUCACAACCCGGACGUGUUCCCCAUUCCCGGAGCUGUGCUUCAUGUGAACGAAACGAGAACUGGCAGUGAACUCGUACGUUACAAAGUGUGGAGUGACGACGAAACACGCUGCCACAGCGGUCGGGCUGUUCGGCAAAUUUGUAUGUUGGGCACCCUCGACCUGCCCUAUCUGUUCCAGAGUCCAGCGUUUUUCGCAAACAAAUUCAUACCGCAGGUUGAGCCAACUGCUUACGCGGCGAUGGAACUGUGGUUGGCACUCAAGUGUUCCUAUGAGUCAUCACAUCACGUGCCACAUCCAACCUUCGACCAGAACUAUUACGCACGAAAACCCAUUGCUUGGGAUCAUCUGUGACACGGGUGAUAUUCAACUUCUUCCACAAGUUUGUUCUCGUAAACAAUUCUACCUGUUGACUUGUUUUUCCCUCCUUCUUGUCAAAUAGUAGCCCAUCUGAGUGUAACUCCAUUACUGCGUUCUCCAUAAACCGCCAUAGAAUCUACUCCUGGUUUUAACGGACCACAGUUUUCAUUCUCCAAAGCCUCAUGUAAUUUUUUCCGUCAUCUAUCAGAAUAUCUCCGGUUUGUGUGUUUUUGGACUGACGGAGAUAGGAAGGAGACUUCGUCGCGUUAAGAUUGGCGAGAACUCUGAAUAGCCGAUCAUCAGUAUCGCCCUUUUUUGGGCACAUCAGAUAGACCUAGUCCCCAGACUCCCACCGCAAUAUUAGGCCCGCUGUUUGAGUAUUCGAGGACCCGAAAACGUUUGCAUUUAUCCACCCAUCACUGUUACUGUGUGAUGAUUUUUAGAAAACCCUUAAACCUUAAUUUCUUUGGCUUUUCUCCGACUGAACACAAAAGAUCUUUGAUCACGAGGUUAUGUCAUCCACAAAACUUGUUGUGCGCUGCGAAUACCGGGCUAGAGGACCUUGAGUGGCUGCAAAGAAUGGUGAGACAAACCGGAGACCAUUAUCAAGCAUGGUCCCACAGUGCCCAGUGUGUCAAAAACGAUGCCAUUCAAGGGGAAUAACAUCACGAUCCUAAAACUGCCCUGAAGAGAACACAAUACGUAGCUAAA